UGGACUUGGACACUUGUUGUCAGAAAGUCGAAGCUGCUGAUCUUGGAUGCCACCUAGUUCAAGGAUGGCGCCGCCGCCGCUCGCCGGCGUGGUGGUGGUCGCCGCCGCGCUCCUGCUCCUCCUGCCGGAGGCCGCCGAGCCCCGCACUCUCCUCUCGCUCGACGACUUCGGCGCCGUCGGCGACGGCGUCGCCAACGACACGCAGGCCUUGGUGGACGCCUGGAGCGCCGCCUGCGCCACCGGCGACCACACCUUCCUCCACGUCCCCGCCGCCAAGUCCUACCUCGUCUGGCCGGUCACCCUCGCCGGACCUUGCAGGGAGGAGAUCAAGCUCUUCAUCUCCGGCAACAUCGUCGCGCCGGAGAGCCCCGACGAGUGGCCGGAGGGCGGCGGCGGCGGCGGCGAAUGGCUCCACUUCGUCGGCGUCAGCGACCUGACGCUGAGCGGCGGGGGCGUCAUCGACGGCCGUGGCCACCGGUGGUGGGCCCGGUCGUGCAAGGCAAAGCACAACGCGACCGAGAAUUGCACUACCCAGGCUGCUCCAAAGGCGCUGCACUUCGAGGAUUGUCAGGGUAUCAGCGUGAUGGGGAUCACGCUGCAGAACAGCCAGGAGAGCCACCUGACGUUCACCCGGUGCUCGCACGUCAAGGCCAACUACCUGAGGAUAACCUCGCCGGAGGACAGCCCGGACACCACCGGAGUUCACGUCGUCAGCUCGCGCAAUGUUCACAUCAUGGACGACUCGAUCUCCACAGGUCAUGAUUGUGUCUCGAUUGUGGGCAAUUCUACGGAUGUUCGUCUAAGAGCCAUCUCAUGUGGACCUGGCCAUGGUAUCAGUAUUGGAGGAUUAGGCGAGAACCGAAGUUACCACAGGGUAGAAAAGAUCAAGAUGGACACCCUGUUCAUUUCCAACACUGAAAACGGCGUACGCGUCAAGACCUUCCAGGGCGGCUGCGGCACCGCCCGGAAAAUGAAGUUCGGUGACAUCCUUAUGAAGAACGUCAAGAACCCGAUCGUCAUCGAUCAGCAGAACUCCUCGAGCAACGAAAUUCCCUGCGGAUCAAAGAACGGAAGCGCGGUGACGGUGGGGGAGAUCAGCUACACGGACAUCACCGGCACGUCGGCGUCGGAGCGGGCGGUGACGUUCGCGUGCAGCGAGGCGGCGCCGUGCAGCAAGCUGUCGCUGGAGAACGUGAACAUCACCAUGGCCGGCGGGCAGAACGCGUCCGCCUACUGCCACCACGCGUUCGGGAAGAGCGUCGGCGUCGUCGUCCCGGACUCGUGCCUCGGGAAGGAGGACUACCUCCGCCGGCAAGUCCCCGCCUCCGCCGCCGCCGCCGGCGGCGGAACGCAGGAGAAGGGAGGAGAAGAUGACGAUCGGUGAAACCGUGGCAGGUUAAGUCAGCGUGUGUAGUGGACGUGUUCACAUCCUUUACCAUAAUAACGCUAUUAUUACAUGUACUAACGUGUGAGGAUAAUAAAAGUUUAGAACCCACAUACCAUGUAUCUAUCGUGUAAUCGUAAAAAAAAAACUUUUAAUAAAACAAGAGAAGGACGGCCACGAUGUUAGGAUGA